AUGAAAUGCCGAGGACCCGCUCCGUUUCUCUCGAAGCGCCACUUGCGACUUCUCUUGCGCACCUCUGCUCAGGGAAACCUGUCCGCCGCCCAGCUCAAGGUCGAGCUAAGCCUGCCGGUUUCCGUCCGCACCGUGCAGCGCAUUUUGGCCAAUUUCGAUUGGCUUGUGUACGCCAAGAUGGAAAACACGUUGCCGCUCACGGUCGCGGACAUGGGGGCGCAAAUCCUGGGCCAAGGACUUGCUGUUGUAUGA